UCACAGACACAUAAUCUAAUAGUCCAUUCAUCCGUCCACGCCAAAUGGGUUGUGGGGAAGGUGAUUGGUACAGCAAUGGUAAAAACUGCUAAAGUAAGAGCGACCAGACUUGUGUUGGAUCCCUGCUUACUGAAGUUCUUUAAUAAGCGGAAAACCUACUUUGCUCAUGAUGCCCUUCAGCAGUGCAGCGUCGGGGACAUCGUGCUCCUCAGAGCUUUGCCCGUCCCACAAUCAAAGCUCGUGAAACAUGAACUGGCUGAGAUCAUCUUCAAAGUCGGCAGAGUUAUCGACCCGAUCACAGGAAAGCCCUGUGCAGCAACCGCCUACCUAGAAAGCCCCGUCCUUUCAGAAGCCACCCCCCUCAGCAAAACUCCGGAAGAGCUCAAGGUCUCCUGAACCUGGGGAAGAAGGAACCAGCGGGAUUUCUGUCUCUGUGCUUGCUCAAUGGCGUUCAUUAUUGUCCAGUAUCUCCUGUGACAUUAGAAGUAGCAAGCAAAGCAAAGAGCUUAGUGU